AGAAGUGACACACGACGCAGGAUCGAUCACAUAUAGAACUGCAGACAGAUGUCGUCUCGUAGUUCCUCCCCCGCAUCCCUCUCCAAGCUCAACGUCCAAGCUUCGGAGUGGAAGCCGCCCACGCCGCCGGCAGCACCCGCAAGCAGUCGAGGAGAGUCGACGCCGCAGAAGCCGAGCCGCACGCGGCGCGGCGGCCGCAGCUCCCGGCGCGGCAGCGGUGGCAACGGCAACGAAGGUCGCCGCACGCCGCAACCGCAGAGAGAGCACGCGCCGCGCGAGAGCAAGCAGGCGCAGCAACUGAAGGUGCACGCGCCGGGGUGCUCCUGCGCGCGCCUCGCGCGGACGCGCGGCCGCCACGCGGCGGAGGGCCGCGCGAGCGGCUACGUCGUCGCGUCGCGCGACGCGAAGGCGCCGGACCUGCACUUCGGCUCCGACGAGCGCGACUUCGGCAAGCGGCCGGAGAAGUCCGAGGGCGCCCCGGCGGGCCCCGGCGAGCGCACGGCGCAGCGGCCGGCCGCGGACCGCGGCGAGGACGCGGCGCUCCGGCGGCGGCGCGAGGCGCUGCUGUCGGACGCCAUCGCCGACGCCGUCAAGCGCGAGGCGAACGGCCCGGCGCGCGUCUCGUGCGCGGCGUGCAUGCUGGACGGCGCGUGGCGCAACGGCGCCAUCGCCGUCGCCGGGCCGCCGGAGCGCGUCGGCGCGGCGUGCGCGGCGGCGAACCGGGCGCUCUUCGGCGACUUCGGCGCCGGGAGGUUCCCCCCCGCGGGCAUGUGGCACGGCCGCGGCGCGCCGGUCUGCGUGCCCAUCUCGGUGCGGGGCCUGCUGCAGUCGCGCGCGCUGGGCUGUGUGGAAAUCAAAAUUUUACGGCGCGUUCGUGCUGACUCGUCGCGUCGGCCUCCACGCCAUCGACGCGACGCCUGCUCGAUGGCGUGGCGAUGCCGGUUCCUCGCCGCUCGACCGAGCCAGGACAGCCGCGUCAUCGCCGAGAAAUGACUUAGUGAAGAAUUUUCGGGUGCACCCGACGCACUGGUUGAUUUCCACACAGGCGCUGGGCACGGCGGUGCCCCUGCCGCCGGACUACGCCAUGCCCCCGCCGCCGCCGGGCUGCUACCCCCUCGUGGACGCGAAGCACCACGUGGUCGAGGUCUUCGACGUCAUCUCGUUCCCGGCGGCCGACGACCACCUGCUGGUGCUCUGCACCGUCGACACGUACGGCGUCCUGUCCCUGGACCUGCCGGGCGGCAAGCGGCGCCUCGCCGAGACGGCCUGGGAGGCGGCCGCGCGCGAGGCGGCGAACGUGGCCGGCCUCCGCGUCGCGGUCGGCGGCGACCGCCUCGGCGGCGCGGACGGCGCGCUCGACUGCGGCGGCGCGGCCUUCCGGGCCGAGGCCGCGCGUGACGGCCAGAGCGUCCGCUUCUUCGUCCUCCGCGCGGAGGAGGCCGCCCCCGACGACAUGCCGGUCGACGAGGCGCCCUGAGGCGCCCUUUAUUCACCUUGUCGCGGACGACACGCCAGUCGACGCGGCGCCCUGACGAGGCGCACCC